GCAGUUGGUGAAGAAAGGAGACUGGCGAGCCGUGCGGCGCGCAACCUUGAUGGGUCAGGCGUCGAGUUUGCAGGAGCGUCCGCUGUAACUUAGCGAGGCAUUGAUGUGCUACAACGUCGGAAAGGUCGCUAAUCGGCUAGACCACCCGCUAAAGACCACGGUUGACCACUGGAGAUCCUCGCCCCCGCAUCCAUUGACCCAAGAAAUUCGACGCACUGGAGAUGGCCGCUUGUCGCAUCGCAUCCUCUCCUCAGCCUCAACGCCCAUCUCGCUUCCACCAAAAGCCACCCGAUCACGAACACCCUCCCGGGCUGGUACGGCAUGGUGCAAUAAUACCGUAGACGAGAUUGAGUCGACGAAGAACCUACCGCCAACCACGUGCUGCGCAGCGGCACCCCCUGCCCGCCAUGUCGGACAAAAUUACCUCCAAAAACCUCUCCUAUGACACCACGAUCCCGCCCUUCCUGCGUGCCCUCCACGCCCAGGCGGCCGGCAAUGCGGCGGACCCAGACCCCAUCCUCUCGAAGAGGCGGCGAGCGGGCAAGAAGCGCUCCGACAGCGAGGAGGCAGAGGACGCACCGCUCGUGGUGGACGACGAGGGCAACGUUGUCGACGUGCGGGUGAACAAGGACGGCGGCGUUGAUGAGGAGGCACUGAAGAAGGAGGGGAAGGGAGGCGAGACAGCGACCAUGAAGGAGGAGAGAAGGGAGGCGGAGAAGCUUGCGGGGAUCGGGGCGAGCAAGAAGCGGAAAGCUGGCAAGGUUGUUGGUGGUGACGCUGCCGAGGAUGCUGGAGACGACAGGGACAUGUUCAAGGAUGCGAAGAAGGACGACGAGGGCGCUAAGAAGAAGGCUCCCAAGAAGAAGGGCAAGAAGAUUAAGCUAAGCUUCGACCCGGAGUGACAUCGUGGCGAUGGCGGGCACGGCAUCAUCAAUAUUACCACAACUGGCGGAUAUAACCGCGGGCGGGGGCUGCUGUUGCUUAUAGCAGUGUCAGCGCUUCGCCAUGGCCUCAACAUCAGUCUACUAGGAUCAGACCAUCGCAACUUCGCAGACCGGCUAGCCAAGACAUUCUGGAGGGAACCUGCCACGAGGCAGA